UACGUGUAUCAGAGAGAUAAAAUUGAAGAUGAAUUAGAAAUGACUACAGUGUGCCAUAGACCUGAGGGACUGGAACAGCUUGAAGCACAAACCAAUUUCACUAAAAGAGAACUUCAAGUGCUUUACAGAGGAUUUAAAAAUGAAUGUCCUAGUGGGGUUGUUAAUGAAGAAACAUUCAAACAGAUCUAUGCACAGUUUUUUCCUCAUGGAGAUGCCAGCACGUAUGCACAUUACCUCUUCAACGCAUUCGACACUGCACAAAACGGCUCAGUGAAGUUUGAGGAUUUUGUGAUGGCAUUGUCUAUUCUGCUGCGGGGAACUGUUCAUGAAAAGCUAAGAUGGACAUUUAAUCUGUAUGACAUAAAUAAGGAUGGCUAUAUAAACAAGGAGGAGAUGACGGAUAUUGUAAAGGCAAUUUAUGAUAUGAUGGGAAAGUACACGUAUCCAGUGCUCAAGGAAGAUGCACCAAGGCAGCAUGUAGAAGUGUUUUUCCAGAAAAUGGAUAAAAACAAAGAUGGAGUUGUAACUUUAGAUGAGUUUAUUGAAUCGUGUCAGGAGGAUGACAACAUCAUGAAAUCAUUACAGCUCUUCGAGAACGUCAUGUAACCACGCGACCGGGCAAGCGCUGGAGGAGGCAGAGACUUCCUGUGAAACAAAGAUCUCCUUUCUGGGUGAAAGCUUUUUACAAUUGAGCCAUGUCCAGUGUGUGAGGAUUUUGUAUGACAUCUCCAACCAAAUGGCAACCGAAUGCAACCGAUCCCACCUCUCUCCCCAUGAGACAUCGGUGGACCUUUGUUCCAUUUUGGAAGCAUGUGAAUAUUUUAAUAAACCCUGACGAGAG